AUGAAUCCGCUGAAAAAACACAAUCACCUACUACAUUUUCAUCUGCUACAGUUAGAGACACUGUAAAUUCAACUAUUAAUAAAACUAUUGAAGUUGUCAAGGGAACUUAUGAUAACAUUGUAGGCAGCAUUAAAAAUACUGAUGCAGACCAAAAAUCUGAAGAUAAUUCGGGCAAAGUUAAAGUUGAUAAAUGA